UCAAAAUCACCAUCCAUCAAGAAUCGCUUCACCCCCCCUUCCCCAUCUCCUUUCUCUCCCCCCCCCCUGUAUCUCCCUCCUCCUCCUUCGUUGUCUUUUAAAUGUAACUUCUGAAUGAUCGGGAGAGCAGGGAGCGUCUGGAUAGCCUGGUCUGGUGACUCCAUCUUUGCUGAAGGAUCUGCACGCACGGCAACAUUCUGCUCAUCAAAGCUGGACGCACAGAUGAGAGGGGAUCCAUUUGUGGAAUAACGUCGCGCGCCCGUGAGGAUUUCGGCUCUUUUGAUUAAUUUGAUUUUGUUUUAUUUUUUAACCUCCUGGAUGUUGCAGCGCAUCACAUCGGUUUAAGUGAAUCCGUUUGAUUGGAUUUAUUGGACUCUUUAUUCUAAGCCUCAUAGUAUUAUUGUUAUCGGUUAUUGGUGAUCUAAUGAUCUCUCUUUUAAAAUGUCAUUUUAUCAAAUAAUGUCGAAGUUUAUUUGAGGUAUUAAAGCCAGAAGAGCGGUGCGCGUUAGAAAUUAGGUUUUUAAAAGGAAAGUUUCGUGCGCAAAGUUUUGGAGACGGUCGGUAUGGCUAUGGUAGCGUGGAGAAGCACGGAGGGCGUCGGGGACUCCCUGGGGACUCUCUCCUCCCCGGUGUCCCAAGUGGCCCCUCUGUCUCUGCCUGGAGAAAUGACGGGACACAUGAACGCAUCCGCCGCUCUGGAGAUCCCACAGGCAGGAGCGGCUCAGGCACCACCGGCGCCCAAUCUAUCGGGGACCCCAGCCGCGUCCACGUCCACCAGCACCCCAUCCACCAAUAACAACAACACGUCCUCCUCCUCCUCUUCCUCCUCUUCCAUGGACAAACAGCAAAGCCAGCAGAUCGAGUGCAUCGUGUGCGGGGAUAAAUCCAGCGGGAAGCAUUACGGACAGUUCACCUGUGAGGGAUGUAAGAGCUUCUUCAAACGCAGCGUGAGGAGGAACCUGAGCUACACCUGCAGGGCCAACAGGAACUGUCCAGUGGAUCAGCACCACCGCAACCAGUGCCAGUACUGCCGCCUCAAGAAAUGCCUCAAAGUUGGCAUGAGGAGGGAAGCCGUCCAAAGAGGCAGGCUGCCCACGCAGUCCUUCCACGGCCAGUUCGCGCUGACCAACGGAGACGCCCUGCAGUGCCACUCCUACCUGUCGGGGUACAUCUCUCUGCUGCUGCGGGCUGAACCCUACUCCACCUCCCGGUUUGGCUCCCAGUGCCUGCAGAACAACAACAUCAUGGGCAUAGAGAACAUCUGCGAGCUGGCGGCGAGGAUGCUAUUCAGCGCCGUGGAGUGGGCCCGGAACAUCCCCUUCUUCCCGGACCUGCAGGUCCCAGACCAGGUGGCCCUCCUCCGCCUCACCUGGAGCGAGCUGUUUGUGCUGAACGCCGCCCAGUGCGCCAUGCCGGUCCACGUGGCUCCGCUGCUGGCCGCCGCCGGUCUGCACGCGUCCCCGAUGUCCGCAGACCGGGUGGUGGCCUUCAUGGACCACAUCCGGGUUUUCCAGGAGCAGGUGGAGAAGCUGAAGGUGCUGCAGGUGGAUUCAGCGGAGUACAGCUGCAUCAAGGCCAUCGUGCUUUUCACCACAGAUGCUUGUGGCCUGUCGGAUGUAGCUCAUGUGGAAAGCCUCCAGGAGAAGUCCCAAUGCGCCCUGGAGGAGUACGUAAGGAGUCAAUAUCCCAACCAGCCCAACAGAUUCGGAAAGCUGCUGCUUCGCCUGCCCUCCCUGCGCACCGUCUCCUCCUCGGUCAUUGAGCAGCUCUUCUUCGUGCGCCUGGUGGGGAAGACCCCCAUUGAAACUUUGAUAAGGGACAUGCUGCUUUCUGGCAGCAGCUUCAGCUGGCCUUACAUGCCCAUCCAGUAGAGGAAGACACAGAAAGGCAGCAGUGGAACUG